GAGCCCGGGGGCAGGGAGGCUCCCGCGGCCCGCCGGUUCCCGACCACCUUCCCUGGUUUUUCAUGCUGAAUCAGGAUCGUGUUAACUAAAGAUGGAAACACUGGAGUCAGAAUUGACCUGCCCAAUCUGCCUGGAGUUAUUUGAGGACCCCCUCCUGCUGCCCUGUGCCCACAGCCUCUGCUUCAGCUGUGCCCACCGCAUCCUGGUGUCCAGCUGCUCCUCCAGCGAGUCCAUUGAGCCCAUCACCGCCUUCCAGUGCCCCACCUGCCGCUAUGUCAUCUCCCUCAACCACCGGGGCCUGGAGGGCCUCAAGAGAAAUGUGACCCUGCAGAACAUCAUCGACCGCUUCCAGAAGGCCUCCCUGAGCGGCCCCAACUCCCCCAGCGAGAGCCGCCGCGAGAGGACCUACCGCAACAGCCCUACCAUGUCCGUGGCCAGCGAGAGGAUCUCCUGCCAGUUCUGCGAGCAGGAUCCACCCCGGGACGCUGUCAAGACCUGCAUCACCUGCGAGGUGUCCUACUGUGACCGCUGCCUGCGGGCCACCCACCCCAACAAGAAGCCCUUCACCAGCCACCGGCUGGUGGAGCCGGUGCCCGACGCGCACUUCCGUGGACUCACGUGCCUGGAGCACGAGAACGAGAAGGUGAACAUGUACUGUGUCGCUGAUGACCAGCUCAUCUGUGCCUUAUGUAAACUGGUGGGCCGCCACCGGGACCACCAAGUGGCAUCGCUCAGCGAUCGCUUCGAGAAGCUGAAGCAAACCCUGGAGACGAAUCUCACCAACCUGGUUAAACGCAACAGCGAACUGGAAAACCAGAUGGCCAAGCUGAUACAGAUCUGCCAGCAAGUGGAGGUGAACACAGCCAUGCACGAGGCCAAGCUGAUGGAGGAGUGUGAUGAGCUGAUGGAGAUCAUCCGCCAGCGCAAGCAGGUCAUCGCUGUCAAGAUCAAGGAGACAAAGGUGAUGAAGCUGCGGAAGCUGGCUCAGCAGGUUGCCAACUGCCGGCAGUGCCUUGAGCGCUCCACGGUCCUCAUCAACCAGGCCGAGCACAUCCUGAAGGAGAACGACCACGCACGGUUCCUGCAGACCGCCAGGAACGUGGCUGAGAGGGUCGCCAUGGCAACUGCAUCCUCGCAAGUUCUGAUACCAGAUAUCAAUUUUAAUGAUGCCUUUGAAAACUUUGCUUUAGAUUUUUCCAGAGAGAAGAAGCUGCUGGAGGGGCUGGAUUAUCUAACGGCACCGAACCCGCCGUCGAUCCGCGAGGAGCUCUGCACGGCCUCGCACGACACCAUCACCGUGCACUGGAUCUCGGAGGACGAGUUCAGCGUCAGCUCCUACGAGCUCCAGUACACCAUCUUCACCGGCCAGGCCAACUUCAUCAGUCUCUACAACUCCAUGGACAGCUGGAUGAUCGUCCCGAACAUCAAGCAGAACCACUACACGGUGCACGGGCUCCAGAGCGGCACCCGCUACAUCUUCCUGGUGAAGGCCAUCAACCAGGCGGGCAGCAGGAACAGCGAGCCCGCCCGCCUCAAGACCAACAGUCAGCCAUUCAAGCUGGACCCCAAGAUGGCUCACAAGAAGCUGAAGAUCUCCAACGAUGGGCUGCAGAUGGAGAAGGAUGAGAGCUCCCUGAAGAAGAGCCACACGCCAGAGAGGUUCAGUGGGACGGGCUGCUAUGGGGCAGCCGGCAACGUCUUCAUCGACAGCGGCUGCCACUACUGGGAGGUCGUGGUGGGAUCCUCCACCUGGUACGCCAUCGGCGUGGCUUACAAGUCGGCCCCCAAAAAUGAGUGGAUCGGGAAGAACUCCUCUUCCUGGGUUUUCUCCCGCUGCAACAACAACUUUGUGGUGCGGCACAACAACAAGGAGAUGCUGGUGGAGGUGCACCCGCAGAUGAAGCGCCUCGGCGUCCUCCUGGACUAUGACAACAACGCGCUCUCCUUCUACGACCCGGCCAACUCCCUCCACCUCCACACCUUCGAAGUCUCCUUCAUCCUGCCAGUGUGUCCCACCUUCACCAUCUGGAACAAAUCCCUGAUGAUCCUCUCGGGGCUGCCUGCCCCGGAUUUCAUUGAUUACCCCGAGCAGCAGGAGUGUAACUGCCGGCCCCAGGAGUCCCCAUACGUGUCAGGAAUGAAAGCCUGUCACUAGGCUGCCCAGGCCUGCCCGUGCCCCACAGCGGCACUGGCCGUGCCGGUGGGUGCCGGUGGUCAGAGCUGCCAGCUGGGAGCCCCCUGGCAGCCGUGCCGGAGAGCCGCCGUGCCACCCCAGCAACCAAGCGCCAUCCACAACCAGCUCCGUCUUGUUUUUAGGGAAAAGUGGAAGAACCUCGAACCGCAGCUGGAAAUAAACUGCUGGUGGUGAGCUCCAGUGUGCAUGAGAGCAGCUGGAGCAGCACCUUGACGGUGGCUCCCAUCCCUUCCCGAGUGGAUUGUCACCUGUCUUCCUUCAGGGGCUGGAAAGGUUGGGUUGGGUUUCGGGGUGACCUGAGGUGCCGUGGUGGUCAGGGGACAGCUCGUGUGUCCUGCGAGGCACCGGUUGGGACAGGAGGGGUGGGUUCUGGAGCCUGCUGGCAGCUGGUCUGUGGAACUGGAGCCACUGAGCAGUGCUUUUCAGGGAGAUCUUUCCAUGUGGCUGAGGCUCAGUAGCUUCCCUGGUGGGGUGAAUAAUGCGUGGAGCCCUUGGGCUUGGUGAGCACUGACGUGGUGGAUGGAUGGUGGUUAUGUGGUGGGGGGUGAUGGUUAUGUGGCUAAUGGUCUGUGAGAGCUGAGGCAACACUGAGGACUGUCCCACUGCCUGUCCGUGCUGCAGCUGGCCUGUUCCCAAAGCAUCUUCUGGGUCUGCAGUCCCACAGUGGAGAGCCACAGAUCCCCACCCCACCAUGUCUCCUCCUUUGAGAGCUCCCCAGUAGCCAAGGAGGCCUGGAUCCUUGAGGAGCUUCGGCCCCUGGCACGGAGGUUUGGCAGCUGCUCCUUCCCAAUGCGGGGUCUGGACGGCGGUGCCCUUGCUCCAUUAGUGCCCUGUCUGGUGUCCCAGCAGAAACAAACUCAUCUUUCUGCUCUGAGCCCACAGCAGAGUCCUGCCUGAAGAUCAUCUCUAUGCUUUAUGACCCAAAUCUCAAAUUAUGACCCCAGAUCUUGGCUCCUGGUUUGUUCUCCACCAUGCCAGGGGAUUGGACUGGGUGAAUUUUAAAGGUCCCUUUCAGCCCAAACUAUUCCAUGAUUCUGUGGCAGUGGGAACACAAAGCCAUCCUGUUUACUCUGUGGCAAAGGACUGGAGCCCCAAGGGCUCCAGACUCUGGUUACUGGGAGCUCUUUGGCUGCUGCCAGUGCACCCAGUAACCCCAAACAUCAAGUCCCCUGGCCAAGCUCCAUUUUCUAGAUUUAGUUAAGAGGCCAGGAGGAGCUGGGCCAGCACAUGGUCCCUGUGUCACAGCAGGGGUCUGUGGCACACUUCGGGUCCAGUGAGUGGGAAGGUGGCAAGAACGUCGGAGGGGGACAAGGAGGUCAGGCAUUGUGGUGUGGCCCAAGGUGGCUGGUGCUUGAGCUUUGCUCCAUGGGAUUUGAAACCCCUUUUCCUCCUCUGGAUGUGGUGCCUCAGUGGGACUGGGGACCACUGAGCCAGGACCUCCCAGGUCUGCUAGCUGUUCCCUUCCUUUGGAGCUUUCUGAUAGGUAAGUUUGCCCCUGCUUGCCAAACCUGAUUUCCUUCUAUGACAGGGUGACCCUCUAGAUCUAGCUGAUCUAGGAAAGCCAGUAGAUGGAAUCUAAAAGCAAAGCUUUUGGUACUGUCUCUCCUAGGACCCUUCUGGACAAACUGUCCAGCCCACAGCUGAAUAACCAUGUUAAACGGUGGGUGAGCAACUGGCUCAUGGGUCAGGCACAGAGGGCACAAAGACAGUGACUGAGGUGACAUCAGGCUGGCAUCAGUCACUAGUGGGGUUCUGCAGGGCUUCAUCCUCGGCCCCGUUCUCUUCAACAUAUUAAUUAACAACUUGGAUGCAGGACUCAAAGGAAUACUAAGUAAGUUUGCUGAUGACACUAAAUUGGGAGGAGCUGUUGACUCCCUCGAGGGCAGAGACCUCGACAAAUCAGAGA